UGGAGGGUUGGUCAGCUGAUUGCUGUCUUCCGGGUUGUCCGUCGGUGUUUACUUUGAGAGCUGCUCAUUUUUUUUUCUGUUUUCUGCGUCUUAAAUUAAGUCGACGCCGUGUGCAGCAGCCAUGGACAACGCCUCGGACACCGAUGACGACUUCUACACCGAGAGGACAGCGUUGGUUCAGUCUGAGAAUCCGGUGGUGCCGUCCUACAGACAAAAUGCCGACCCCGAAAACGCCAACGACACCCCGUCCAAAAGGCAGGGACCGACCAGGAGGGCGGCUCCGGCUGCUGUGGACGGCGACAGCAGCGGCGGCGGCGGUGGCGGCGGCGGCUCGGACCAGGAGGUGGACGCAGACGAGGAAGAGCUGACUCUGAAGUACGGGGCCAAACACGUCAUCAUGCUGUUCAUCCCCGUCACCCUCUGCAUGGCGGUGGUGGUCGCCACCAUCAAGUCGGUCAGCUUCUACACCGAGAAGACGGACCAGCAGCUAAUUUACACGCCGUUCACCGAGAACACCGCGUCUGUCGGCCGCCGGCUCCUCAACUCCGUCCUCAACACCAUCAUCAUGAUCAGCGUCAUCGUGGUCAUGACCAUCUUCCUGGUCGUUCUCUACAAGUACCGCUGCUACAAGUUCAUCCACGGCUGGCUCAUCCUGUCCUCCCUCAUGCUGCUCUUCUGGUUCAGCUUCAUGUAUCUCGGUGAAGUGUUUAAGACGUACAACCUGGCGGUGGACUACCCGACUGUGGGCGUGAUCAUCUGGAACUUCGGGGCGGUGGGGAUGGUCUGCAUCCACUGGAAGGGCCCCCUGCAGCUACAGCAGGCCUACCUGAUCCUCAUCAGCGCGCUCAUGGCCCUCGUCUUCAUCAAGUACCUGCCCGAGUGGUCGGCCUGGGUCAUCCUGGGAGCCAUCUCUGUCUACGACCUGGUGGCCGUCCUGUCUCCUAAAGGUCCUCUCAGGAUGUUGGUGGAGACGGCUCAGGAACGCAAUGAGCCCAUCUUCCCCGCCCUCAUCUACUCCUCUGCCAUGAUGUGGACGGUGGGAAUGGCGAGCCCGACGGACGGACAGCAGUCAGGACACGAAACAGACGAGGAGGCGGAGCACAGCGGCAGGGGGGCGGAGCCCGAGAGCCGACGGCCGCAGUCGUUUCCAGAAGAGGAGCUGGAGGAGGACCGCGGAGUCAAGCUGGGCCUUGGGGAUUUCAUCUUCUACAGCGUUCUGGUUGGAAAAGCUGCAGCGACCGGCGGCGACUGGAACACGACGCUCGCCUGCUUCGUCGCCAUUCUUAUCGGUCUGUGCCUGACUCUGCUGCUGCUCGCCAUCUUUAAGAAAGCUCUGCCGGCGCUGCCGAUCUCCAUCACCUUCGGCCUCGUCUUCUACUUCUCCACAGACUUCCUGGUUCAGCCCUUCAUGGACAACCUGGCUGCUCACCAGUUUUACAUCUGAGACAAAGCCCCGCCCACCUCGCCUGCCUCCUGCACCUUGUCCUCCUCAUUUUUACCUUCGUCACCCGCAGGACGCCUUCUGUUGAAGUCACGCACAAAGACUACUUCCUGCGCCCGACUUCUACCUGGUCUGUAAAAGACGUCAUGCAGACAGAGGAAGCUGGCGUGGGUGUCAGCUGGUUACCUGGGUGUUUGUGCUCAGGUGUGUUUCAGGUACAAACAUCACCUCACCUGCCAGCAGGUGGUUUAAAGGAAAGAUCCGCCUUAAAUUCUGCCGUCAAUCAAAACAAACAUGGCCCCCAAACAUUCCUGUUUUUAAUCCUCGACAUUAAAAUGAAAAGAUUUAAUGUUUUACAAAAUCAGUGACAUCAGCGUCGCCUCAGUGGAACAACAAUUAACAUUUAAACCAAGAAACAAUUUGAUCUUUUAAUAGACAAAUGAAACUUGCUUUUUGUGUGUUUUUAUUGUUUUUAAGGUGGAUUUUGUCCAUGAACACAUUCAGGGGAUACAAGUGUUGCAGAACUCCCUUCAACACAUUCAGUUCACAUGUAAACUUUCCUGAUUUAAAACAUAAAUACAAACAUAACAGGUAAUCAGCUUCAGUGUGUCCAUGUGGAUGCUGAACUUUACCGUUUUCUUUCAUUGAGCUGCUGCUAAAACCUCAAAGUCUUUUAUUUCUGCUCCUGUUCAACACACAUCAUGUAAAUCAGACCUGUCGGAUCUUUUGAUGACGCUAGUCCCCCCCCCCCCGCUUCCACUCUUUGUGCUAAGCUACGCUACUUUCCCAAACAGUUCCUCUCCAUCCUCUGCAGC